GCGGGAUGUUGACGACGUCUCAAAAUGGCUGCCGGAUCGCGCGAGCCGGUCGGGGAGGUUGGACCCGUGCGAUGUCCAAGAUCUCUUCCGGCUCUAAGGUUUCAUUAUGAGUUUACACCAGCCUGGGAAGAGCCUCCUGAAUUCCGGGUUUCACUGCCAGCCGGAGCAGUCACUUUGUAAAUUUAAACCCUAAAAGAAGAUGUGGAGUGGACUGUUACCUCCUGGGAUGAAUGAAAGCGAUAUUGAGUUGAGUUCUGAGGAUGAGACCACAUUGAAAAUCUCAGAACUUAGUUCAAAGGAAGAUAAAGGAGAUGGUGCGAUGGAAGAAACUGAGUUCUCUGUUUUUCAUACUGAUGGGCCUAAAAAUGGGGCAGAGACAAAUGCAAAAAGUGCCGAUGAAGAGUGCCCUUCUGGAGUUCCCCUAAAUAUGUGGAAUAAGUUUCAAGAGUUACAUAAAAAGCAUUCUGAACUGAAAACCUUAAGUACUUCUACAAGCAAGAAGAGUAAAAGAAAACGUCCCAGAACAGGUAAAUUGAAGACUAAAGAAGAGUCUGACAGUCAGCAAUCUUCAAAUGAAGCCCAGUGGAAGGAGCUUACUCAGUAUUUUGGAAUAAAUGAUAAAUUUGAACCCCUCAUAAGUAAUAGAGCUCUUCUGAAGUCAGGCCUUGAAAUUCGCAUCGACAAAUCUGUGGCUGAAGGGGAUAUUGAAAAGGCGGAAGAACUCAGUAAUAGGUUAGCUACUCGGGAGCUUGGGGUAAAAAUUGCCAAAGCUGUUGCUUGCCGCAACUUUGUAAAAGCUAAAAAAGAUGCUGAGACUUCCCAGGAGGUUCGAAAAAAGAAGAAACUUGCAUGGGGGUUUGAAGCAAAGAAGAGAUGGGAAACUAAAAGCAACAUGGGAUAUAUGUAGCUAGGUCUUCAUCCUUGAAAAGUGAAAACUCAUGGUAUCUCACUGUUCAAAGGGAGCCAGCUAAAUUUGAUACCAGUUAGGGAAAGUAAACAUCGGAUUACUGGGCCAAUUCUCCAUAUUUUUUCAACCUUUAAAAAAAUGUAUGUUAUUUUGGUUUAAAAAUUGUUUUUUCUUAAUAAAUAAGAGAAUAUGGUUAAAAAAUAUAAAGGAUAUAAUGUGUGCAUACAAAGUAUUAAUGAUUUCACUGAUAUGGAUGUACCUGCUAUUGGUUCACGCUGAAACCAUUCUUUGUGCCAUAAAAAAUAGCAUUUUUUGAAAUUGCUAUUGCCAUAGUAAUUUUGUCUUCUGGUGGCUUCCUCCUAGCAGUGGGCCUUUGCAAGCAUGUAGUCUGUUGAUCAGAACAGGUAUACUCUGUUGACCUUGCCCAAACUUACUGUAAUACCCUUGCAGGACUCAGGAUCACUUGCACUGAUAAGGCAUCGGUUGAACUUUAUUAGAUAAAUAGAUUUAUAUAAAACAGCAAAAAUUAUUUGGUUUUCUACAUAUCCGAUGAAUAUUUAACAAAUGAGAUCCAUGUAACUUAUGGUCAUAAACUAUCCUCUUAGAUUUUCUUUUUUAAAUAAUUAUAUUUAUUGGGUAGUAAGUUGGUCAUGCCUAAGAAUAUAUAACCGGACCAGCCAAGAAACAUUCAAUUAUAAUACAAGUGAUAUUUUGUCUAACAUUUUUUUUCUAGAAAAUUGGGUUUUGUUUUGUUUUUUCCCAUGGAGGCCUAGUAAAAGUGAAUCAUUUUAAGUAGCUUUGAGGUUGGAAAAUAUCAUAGACAUUGCUUUGUUUUAAAUUCUACGUAAGAAUAGACAUAGACUAGUCAUGUCUCUUUUAUCCCUGUGAUUCUUUGAAUUUUAAUGUUCUUAGAUAACAUAUCAGUCAGGAAGUUUGGAUAUUGACAAAUAGAUAAUCAUUUUUAUAUUAUAUGGAAGGUAAUGUUUUAAAUUCUUUAAAUAUAUAGUUCAGAUUAUUUCCAUUCAUAUUUCCUUUUGUUUACACACACACACACACACACACACACACACACACACACGUGUUCUCUCUCUCUCUCUCUCUCUCUCUCUCUCUCUCUCUCUCUCUCACUCACUCACUCUUAAUUAUUUUGGAGAGUAGAUACCUUGAAAGAUAAUCUUACCUGUCAUGACAGAGUAUAUGAAAAUAUGCUAGCAUUGCAGAAUUCUAAAAUGAACUUCAAAAGAUCUUGUAGAGAGCACAUAAGCCAUCCCACAGAUGGCUGUUUAUUCUUUGCGUCAAGUUCUGCAAAAGAAAAGAUCAUAUCACUGUAUUGGUCUCAGUUCUCAGAGGUGGAGAAUAGCUUAUCAUUGUCAUCAGCUAAUGUUGUCUUCUGAGGCCAAAUAAUCCUAAUUCCUUUGAAUGACUCCCAGUUAUCUAAUCUAAACCAUCUCAGGGGUUAUACACAGUUCACACUAUGAAAAACCAAACUCAGAUUCUUUAUAAAUAUGAAAAACAUACAUGAAAUAUUCAAGGAGAUGAUAUGCAGGUGUGCCUUUAAGAAAGCCCAAUAAAUAAAAAUCUAAAUUUUUAGAAGAUAUAUUUUAACACGUAUCUCAAAAGAUUUUUGGAAUCACAGACUGUUAGAUCUGCAGAGUUUUGUGGCUUCAGAUACUAAGGCUCAGAGACAUGACAUAACUUGGCCAAAGCCACGGAGUCAGUUAGUAGCAGAACCAGGAUUAGAACUGAGGUCUUACUAUCUGCCAGUCCAGUGUUCUUUAGACUGCACAGUAGUUUCUAAUCCCUGUGAUUUGGUUUUUACAUAAUUUUUCCUGAAUAGUUGUACAGUAAAAUAUACCUGUACUAUCCAGAGCAUUGAGUAGGUUUUAUAUUAUGGGCAUUAAUGUUGCUUUUUGUUUUGGGGAAAAGGAAUCGUUCAUUGCUGUUUGAGAUUAUAGAAGUCAUUGUUGUCCUUUUAAAGAAUGGGGAUUCAUUGAGGAAAUGGAACUUCAAGAGCUCUUUUACCCAGUUUUAUAAUUCUUCUUACAUAAAUAAGAAUAUGAACUGAA